AUGAAUAGAGUAUGUAAAUUUUUGUACAAAAUUCGCAAUGUUAGACAGUUCAAGAGAUAUGCCGCCAGAAAAUCAUUACGCGCUGCCAUUCAACGUGGCGUUUCCUCGGCUACAAGAAGUCGCAAUCCAGGUAAAAGUAGACAAACUUGCCAUCAAGCCAUAGGGGUGUUGGCUUUCAAUAUUUUUGCAAAAAAACGUGCAGAUGAGAAAAAAGGUGCUGAUAUUGAGAAUCGCCUAGCCCAUGUAAUCGCCAUGGCUGAACUAGCUUUAAAAGAUCGCAAUAUUGAAAAGGCUGAACAAAUCUUACAUUCAGCACUUCGACUUGCAGAAGAUAAUAAAAUCAAUGUAGGUGUCUCUUGUGUUUAUGACAUGCUGGCGACUAUAGCGUUCCAAAAAGGUGAAAUAACACAAGCCGAAAAUUACUUAGUACGCAUAAUAGAACGAUUGAUUCAGCUAGGAUACCCGGAAGAAAACAAUACAAUUAUAAAUUUCAAACUUAAAUUAUCAAGGAUUUAUGCUAACAUUCACAAUGAUGAAUUGGCAGAAAUGGGAUUCAAAAAUUGUUUACGUAUCCAGAACCGCAAAACUACCGGCCCAUCAGAUGAAGAAACUGAACAUCUACUGGUGAGCAUACUAUUUUGGUACGGUAAAUUUCUGAUGGAUCGUGGUAGACCAGAACAGGCUAGACGAAAAUUGGAGCAAGCAUAUUCGCAUUCUGAAAGGGUUACUGGUAUCAAGCCAGCUCAAGAAAUGGUUUUACUUUAUUAUUUAGCCGAUUUGUGUUUUGCGAUGAAAGAUUUUGAAGCGGCAGAAAGGCAUUUGGUGAACGCUUUGGUCAUCGGAAAAACCGCAGAUAAUCCGGAUACUCCACAUUAUUUAGUUAAAUUAGGUGCCGUUUAUCUUUUCCGAGGAAUGUAUGAUAAGGCUCGAGUUUGGUGCCAGCGUGGUGAAAAUUUGGGUAAAAGGAAACAAAAUCGAACCGCCAUAUCUGAUGCCAGAGAUUGUUUGAAACAACUGGACGAACUGCAAGCAAAAAUACCGCAUUGA